GAAAUAACGGCGAAAACGGAACCGCGCGACACGGACGAUAAAAUAACACACGAACGACGGGCAAUAAAAUAAUUCGUAUUACGUCGUCGCGGGCCGAGCGGAACGUUUCGCGAUCGACGGAAGUAUCAUCGAUGUUUUAGUAUAUGCGGUAAACGAUCUACGGACGCGAUUCGCGACGAUGCAUUAGAACAGCUAUACCUACGCGGUUUUUCAACACGGCCCGGGAAAGAUAGUGCACCGACGGCUGCAUCGGUCCGGACGGCCGUAAGGGUAGUUUCCGCUUUAGACGGCAUACGAAAAGCUCCAUCAUUAUGGCGACAAACGUUAUCAUACUGUGCAUUGCUUUGGUGCCCGUCUAUGUCAUCGCGUUUGGCAAGUACUCGGAAAAUAUAAAAGACUCUGAGUACGUUCGGAGCAAACUGUUGGAGAACGUCAUCAAUCAACUGGAAAAGGACAUCGUCAAGUCGGAGAUGGACGGUGGCAAGUACGAUGCGGCGGUGAGGUACGGGCCGCGGAUGAAGACCACCGAACGUGAACCUAUCGGGGCCGACUACGAUGACGCGGGAACGGAAGGCCGGAACCCGGUGCCGUCGAUCCGGGACAACGAGUACGUGCAGCACGGCACGCUGUGGGGAGCGCAAUACGUGAGCGGUGGUGCUGGCGAAGGAGUGCAGACCCUGAACCCAGAUAGUCCGACAAGAAACAAAAAUGAAGUUAAAACCGACGCAGCGCUGCCGGCCUAUUGCAACCCGCCCAACCCAUGUCCGGUGGGAUACACUGAUGAGGAUGGUUGUAUAACAGAUUUUGAAAAUACGGCAGCGUUCAGUCGAGACUAUCAGGAAUCCCAAGAAUGCAUGUGUGAUUCUGAACACAUGUUUGAUUGCGCAAGAUCAAAUAAUGGCAACAAACACAAUGUUGACGUGGAUGAACUUGUAAGAACAUUUCAGGUAGAUGAUGAACACAAAAGUUUGGUUGCGAAAAAAUUCCACGUCAAAAAGGCUUUUAAUCCAUACUUACAAGGAGAAUUUUUGCCCAUAGCUGCAAAAAAGGGAAUUAAUAUAGGAUUGUAACAUAUCUUAAUCCAAAACGACCAAUUAUUAUUCAUUCUAUACUAGACAAUUCCAACAAAAAUGUUACAAAACAAAAAGAAAAAAAACAUAUAUAUUUAUUUCAACCAGUUUGUUUAUAAGUAAAAAAAAUGUUACCUGAUAGAUAAUAUUUAAUUAUAAUGUCAUCCUUAAUUACAUGUUAAAGAUAUGACCAAGAGAUACAACUAUACAAUUAAUUAAUAAAUUAUAGACUAAACUAAUCAUUUUUAAAGACUAGAAAAAUAUUUUUUUAAUUCGUUUAAAAUAUCUCUAGAAUUGUAAUGAUUAGGAUAUAUUGAAAGCGACUUCUUUACCAUAGCAUAACUUGUUUGGUGAUCACCUUCCUGGAAAAAGAAAAUAUUAUUAAUUUACUAUAUAGUAAUAUAAUGUAUUGUUAUAAAUUAUUUAAUAUUUACAUAAUAUCUUAUUUAAUUUAAAUAUUUCUUUAAUAUACUACAAAAGAUAUAUUAUAUUCAUA